CUGUGGGAAUCGGAUAUUAAUUACGUGCUCUGAUGAUGAGAAUCAAUUGUAUUUGUUGGUCAGGGUCAAAUAAUUAGAAAUUUAUUUAUUAUGUGUAGUAACAAUAUAUAUAAUUACAAACUGUUAGAAAUACUUAAAAGUGGGAAAAUCAGAACGGCUUAUAAAGCAAAAGAUUUAAACAAUAAAUGUUUGGCUAUUAUAAAAGUUUCUGUGGAUCAGCCAAUGGAAAAGCUUACACUUUUGAGCAAUGAAGUUUUAAAUAUUCGUCGGCUUAAACAUAGAAAUAUAAAUACAAUCGUCAGUUGCUUUUUGUACAAGCAGUAUGUUUAUCUAACUUACAAUUUUAUGUGUUUUGGAGAUUGUGAAAUGCUGCUUAAAAACGAGUAUACUUCUGGGUUUCCCGAGGUUGUAAUAGCACUAAUUUUAAAGGAUGUAUUAUCAGCGCUUACUUAUAUUCACUCUGAACAUUAUGUACAUGGAUCUAUAAGGGCUAAGCACAUACUUAUAAGUCCAAGAAAAGCUGUUAUAUCAAAUUUUAGUUACUGUCAAAGUUUUAUUAGUCAUGGAGAAAAAAAACCGUUUAUAUUUGGAUCAACGGUGGGAAUAGAAAAAGAGUUGUAUUGGACGGCGCCAGAAGUUUUAUAUCAAAAUCUUUCCGGUUACACUGAAAAAAUAGAUAUUUAUUCCAUCGGAAUUACUUGUUGUGAAAUGGCAAAUGGUUUUCAACCGUUUAAAGACACAGAAUUAACAUACAUGUAUAUUGAAAAAGUGCGUGGAACCCUGCACUUGCUACUGGAUAAAAGCAGCCUACUGGAAAAUCAAGGAUCUGUAUCAAUGGAUCACACAAUUAAAGGAAUUGCUCGUGAUGUAAUUGUUAGCAAAUCAUUUUCGGAAGACUUUCAUCAAUUCGUUGAACUCUGCUUGAAUAAAAAUCCUUUAUCUCGAUGGGCUGCAUCAAAAUUAAUGACACAUUCGUUUCUUAAACAAUGCCGGAAUACCAGUCUUUCAGACCAAUUAAAAGGCCAAGAAAUAUCAAAACAUAAAAUAAAAGAACAUGAAGUAUUUUAUGAUGCGAGGGGCAGCCACAUCCCUCAACAAAAUGAUACAAUAUGGAUAUUUUAAGAAACUUUUUUAUUGUUUAUAUCUACUACUUUCAUCUAGACCGUUUUUCAGAUCACUGUGGUGCUGAAAGAGUUGACAUAGAACAAAUAAUUAUUUA